AUUUUAUCCCACGAGAAUAAACGGUUCUGUUAUCAUUUGCUGAUAUAACGUAACUAAAAUGUUGAAAAGGUCUAAGAAUACCGCCUUUCUUGGUAUAUUUCGAUUAUACACAACGGUCGCAGCAACUGCGGUUAAACCAAAUCCAGGUGCAGCUCUUCCCAAAAAGCAAAGGCCCUUAAUCAGUUGUAAGCGAACGCAGUUUCAUUUAUAUGUACCAGCACCGGCGGACUCUGACUUUGGAACAAUACCGCUAGCGACUAGUGGAUGGAAGCAUUACAAAUCCAAAGAUGAUUAUAUGAUAUUUAACGCGACCUUAAGUAAGGCAGAUAUACAAUCUGAGAUGAUAGAUAUAGAUGAAUUUCUCCGUUCAAACAAUAUUUGUUUUAAUGAAAAAUUAAUGGAGAACCUCAGAAAUGAUCUGAAUAUAAAAACUUUUACAAACAUUCAAACCAAAGCUAUACCAAAAGUGUACGAUAGUCACCAUGUGUUAAUUGCCGCAGAGACUGGAUGUGGAAAAACACUCGCCUACAUGUUACCCAUUCUACAACAGAUUAUUGAACGAAAGCAAGCGCAAGCGGAGAAAAUUAAUCGAAAGUUCAAUACGCCGUUGGCUGUCAUCAUAACACCUGGCCGUGAACUAGCAGUCCAAAUAAGCAGGGUGGCUGAAAAUCUUUGCCAGCACACAAAUUUGCAAAUCAAAACGAUACUUGGAGGAAACACAAAGCGCCUAAUGGUUAAUCCCGAAUUUGCUGAUGUUGAUGUUCUAGUCGCCACAGUUGGUGCUCUCAGCAAACUUGUAACAACGGGUAUCUAUCGCAUGGAAGAAGUGCGACAUGUCGUGCUAGAUGAAGCAGAUACUUUGUUAGACGACAGCUUCUCCGACAAACUUGGAUAUUUUCUGCGACGUUUUCCUUUUCACAAAAAUCACACGCAAGAUGAACAUAAUGUCGGCACGCAACUGAUAUUGGCGUCUGCCACGAUGCCCACGAACACUGAGGAAAUGUUACAAAAAGUUAUAGAUGUGCAGACGCUGCACGAAGUUUCAAGCCACAAUUUGCACAAGUUGAUGCCACAUGUAGAGCAACGAUUUAUGCGAAUUUCCAAGCAAAGCAGGCCCUCCAAUUUGCUCAAUUUAGUAAAAAAAGAUGUCGCCAAAAAGCAGCCCGUCAUUGUGUUCAGCAAUAAAUCGGCCACAAGUGAUUUUGUAGAUAUAUUUCUCAAUAACAAUGGUGUGCGAAGCGUAAAUUUAAACGGCGAUAUGCUUAUGAAAAUACGUAUUGGACGCUUUGAGCAAUUUCAAGACGGAAAGUAUGAUGUUUUAUCCACUACGGAUAUUGGUAGCCGUGGACUAGACACUACAAGCGCACGACAUGUAAUCAAUUUCGAUUUUCCGUUGCACGUAUCUGAUUACAUACAUCGCUGCGGGCGCAUUGGACGUGUAGGGAAUUUGACACCAUCUGUAGUUACGAAUUUCAUAUCCUCACGGCGCGAGGUAGAAGUAGUGCAGAGAAUUGAACAUGCAGCUCGAACGGGCGGUCUGCUACCGAACGUUAAUGCGAACAUAAAAAAUAUUAUAAACAAACGAAUAUUGAAAGAUAUGCAAGUGGCGGGCAUAGAGGUUCCAGAGGAAGAAGCAUUUUAAGUUUACAUUGUUUAAAACAUUCUCCCAGAGAAAAGUUUUGUUUUUAAUAUUUAAGGGACUUAAAACAUUACAUUGCUUAAUAAUAAAAUAUUUAUAUUCUUACAUAAUAGUAA